GACCUCGGACGGUACCGGCGAAUCAUGCAGAUGUUCUGGGACCCCGAGCCGGCCAACGAUGUGAACAGCGACGAGCCCGUCUGGUGCCUGGGCCGCUCUUACAAGCUCGACCCCAGCAGGCAUCACAGCUCCGGAACCGAAGCCGUGCAAGCAACGACGAAACAGGCCGGCCACGACGCAGAGACGGGCGUGUCGUCUCCGAGCCAGAGCCCUCCGCCGCCGCCCGCAUCGAAGCCGUCUGCAAGUGCAAACGCAGCUGCAAAUGCGCCGGACACACCGCCGGCGUCCGCCUCGAGCAGCCUCUCGUCCUCGGCGGCGGCGGCGGCGGGUGAGGAGCUGCCGCUGGAAAACGGGUGGCCUCCAGGGUUUACAGAGGACAUGGCGGCAAAGUUCUGGAUGACAUAUAGAUCUGGCUUUGAGCCUAUACCAAAGUCCGUCGACCCGAGGGCUACUUCUGCGCUUUCGUUUUCCGUGAGGAUCAAGAGCACGCUCACAGAUCCCACCGGUUUCUCUUCCGACAGCGGCUGGGGUUGCAUGAUUCGUUCCGGUCAGAGUCUUCUCGCUACCACUAUUGCCACGCUUCAACUUGGAAGAGACUGGCGACGCGGCAAGAAUCAGCAGGAGGAACGGCGGCUCAUCAGCAUGUUUGCCGACGACCCAAGGGCGCCCUUUUCGAUCCACAACUUCGUACGCCACGGGGCUACUGCUUGUGGGAAAUUCCCGGGCGAGUGGUUUGGCCCGUCUGCCACUGCGCAGUGCAUCCAAGCCCUUACAAGCUCUUCAGACCUCGACCUGCAUGUAUACUCUCCGAAUGACGGGCAGGACGUCUACGAGGAUAGCUUCAUGAAGGUUGCGAAGCCCGAUGGCCAAGACUUUCACCCGACUUUGAUUCUCAUACGAACGCGCCUCGGUAUUGACAAGAUCACGCCGAUAUAUUGGGAGCCCUUGAUCGCCACUCUCCAGAUGCCACAGUCGGUCGGCAUUGCUGGCGGCCGUCCCUCGUCCUCCCACUAUUUCGUCGGCAGCCAGGGCAGCUACCUCUUCUAUCUCGAUCCUCAUCACACAAGAAAGGCCCUUCCGUACCAUGAAGAUGUAGCAAACUAUACGGAUGAAGACAUUGAUUCAUGCCAUACCUCGAGACUGCGUCGGCUUCACGUCAAAGAGAUGGACCCCAGCAUGUUGAUAGGCUUCCUUAUCCGGUCCGAGAGCGACUGGGCCGAAUGGAGGCAGCGUGUAGAGAGCGGCCCAGGGAAAUCGAUCAUCCACGUGGCGGACCACGAGCCCGCGUUGUACAGCAGCGAGGGCAGGGAUGGUGCCGUGGAUGAGGUUGAGAUCCUGAGCGAUGAAGAUGAUGUCGACGACGUGGCGACAACGUGAUAGGCCGUCGACAACCUCCUUCAGACAAGGCACGCCUUCUGCUAUUUACGGACCGUUGUCGUCGUCUUUCUUUUUCUACCAGCAAUCAUAACCGGCGUUACGGUGCUUCAUCUAGUUGAUAUCCCUCGUCAUGUGCCAGCAUCUGACAGAAGAAGCGGCGAUAUAAACAUGCAACAUGUCGGAUGACGAGGCCUUCACGCUUUCCUCCUUUUGCCUGCGCCACCCGGCUGGACAGGGGCAGCGGCGUGGUUGAGGUCGCGGAUAUGUUUAAAUAGCUUCGUCUUGGAGUCGAAUGCAGCCGUGCAGACGUUGCACCGAUGCUGUGUCAGG